AAGUCCAGCGGGAAGCACUACGGCGUGUUCACCUGCGAGGGCUGCAAGAGCUUCUUCAAGAGGAGCAUCAGGCGCAACCUCAACUACACUUGCAGGUCCAACAGGGAGUGCCAGAUCGACCAGCACCACCGCAACCAGUGCCAGUAUUGUCGCCUGAAGAAGUGCUUCCGCGUUGGGAUGCGCAAAGAAGCAGUCCAACGUGGGCGCAUCCCACCCCAGCCCAGCCUCAGCCCGUCCAUCACGCCGCUGGGCGGAGCCGGCGGGCUGGGCGGCAUCGGCGGCGAGUACUACAACAACAACAACAACAACGGGGGCGGCGGCGGCGGCGGCGGCGGUCAGCCGGUGUCGGAGCUCAUCUCCCAGCUCCUGCGCGCCGAGCCCUACCCCAGCAGCCGCUACAGCCACCAGUACAGCCAGCAGGGCGGCGCCGACAACGCCAUGGGCAUCGACAACAUCUGUGAGCUGGCGGCGCGCCUGCUGUUCAGCACCAUCGAGUGGGCCCGCAACAUCCCCUUCUUCCCCGAGCUGCCCGUCUCCGACCAGGUGGCGCUGCUGCGUCUGAGCUGGAGCGAGUUGUUCAUCCUGAACGCGGCUCAGUCGGCCCUCCCGCUCCACAUGGCGCCCCUGCUGGCGGCCGCCGGCUUCCACUCCUCUCCCAUGUCGGCGGAGCGCGUGGUGUCCUUCAUGGACCAGGUGCGCGUCUUCCAGGACCAGGUGGACAAGCUGACCCGGCUCCAGGUGGACUCGGCCGAGUACAGCUGCCUCAAGGCCAUCGCCAUCUUCUCUCCAGACGCCUGCGGGCUGACGGACCCGGCCCACGUGGAGUCCCUGCAGGAGAAGGCGCAGGUGGCCCUGACGGAGUACGAGAGGAUGCAGUACCCCAACCAGCCACAGCGCUUCGGGCGGCUGCUGCUGCGGCUGCCGGCCCUGCGCGCCGUCCCCGCCAGCCUCAUCUCCCAGCUCUUCUUCAUGCGCCUGGUGGGCAAGACCCCCAUCGAGACGCUCAUCCGGGACAUGCAGCUCUCCGGAAGCUCCAUCAGCUGGCCCUACGUCCCGGGACAGUAGCCCCCCCCCCCCCCCCCCAAACCCGCCCCUCCUCUACCCCCCCCCCCCACACCCAGCCCCCACCCCCUCUCCUCCCCAGUACACCUUCCUACCCUCGCUCUCGUGCCCUCCCUCCCGGCCGCCCGAUGGGUGAGGUCUCCGUCUCGGGGUGGGUUGUGACGCACAUGGACCAACGGGAACCCUCGUGACUCGACGGCCACGCCAUCUGUGGGGCGCGGCGCGUCCUCCCGCCACUGCCAGCUGGCCGCCGGGCCGUACUGUAGCGCGAGCGCUCGCUCAUCCCUCUCCUCCCCGCGUCGUCACGGUACACGGUGAACACACAGUCGCCCCGCCCCUGGUUCUGAUCCGGUGCCAGCCUGGGAGCCUCUUGGUGCCAGGGCGGCGUGUCCGCUGCCAGGUCUCGGGACGGAGGCCAGGUCGGUCCCGCUGGGGCCCCCUGUGACCCCACGUCAUGUCAACAACAAUUCGCCACGGCGACUAAGGAUGCAGCGUUCCUAAUGCCGAGGGAGGGCGGAACGUUCUCGCAACCCCCAAAGGAAAACUCUGCUCGUACCCCUUAACCAUUGUCUCCAUUGUAGAUAUUUUGCUACAAUUUUUGGUUCCUUUUUUAUAGACUGAUUAUUUAUCAGUGCUGACCAGGGACAUGAACACGGCAACAGACUGGAACGGACGAUGAACUGGUUGAAGGGGAGAAGGGGGCCACACGCUGCAAGUUCUUAAGGGUCUGCAGGAGGCUUCUGUUAAAGGACAUUGUGCUUUAAGAGAGGAACGCUGUGGUUCUCCUUGGAUGAACUCCUAUAGCAACUGACACUGUGGGGGUGGGGGGGAUGGUUGGGCGUGGAAAAGUGGAAACUUAAAAACGAGAGGGAUAAGAAGAAAUGUACCAAAGUCUAUUUUAUCAUUAUGAGAGUGGGUAUCUUAAUAGAUAUGAUGAAGCUAUCGGUUAGGGAGAGAAGACUUGGGGGGGGGGGGGGGGAUGCCAUGGAAUGACUGCUUGGCCAGCAGAACUUUUACAUUAACAUUCUUUCACAGGGCUUGCACCAACGCUGUUCUCUGAAAACAAAACAUGACUAACGAGAACAGGUGACAAUUUUCAUGACAAACUGACAAUUACCUCACAGGAUUUCAGAAUGAAUUUCAGACUGAUGUUUCCUAAACUCAAACCUCCGUACUCCUUGUUCACCACGAGCCGCCUUCCUUUUAGACAACUGCCUUGUUUUUCAUUAUGAAUUGAUGUAGGAAAAAAAAAAAAAAAAAGGCCAUCUGUGUUCCAUCUUUUAAAUGGACCCCACCACCCCUCCCAUAAC